UGCAGCUCUCUCACUGUGUUGUUGGAGACGGGAGGGUCGAGCUGCAUUCCGCAGAAAGCUGCCGUCCCCAUCACUCCCGACUAACUUUGUCCGCAAAAACUUUUGGGGAUUGUUUUCAUUGUAUGAGCGGAGGAACGCGGCUGGAAGUGUCCGUGGCAGCGAAUGGAGAAGCACAAAGUGCUGGACCAGCUCCUCAUGGAGCUUCACCGCUUCCUGCUCAUCCUGGACAAGGAGACGCUGAGCGGGAACGCCACCAUCCAGAAGGGCCUGCUGUCCGAUCUCCUCCACUCCUACAGAGCUUCAAACGGUGCCGAUGAGGAGUAUAUCUACAUGAACAAAGUCCUCGUGACUGGAAAAGAAAGAGAUGACAGAGGCGACAGAUCGGACGCCCUGGUGAACGGCAAAGGAGCUAAAUACGUCCCCGUCCCGCAGAAGAGCCUUCCUGACCUGCCGCCCCCGAGAACAGGUGUGGUGGUCCGGGAGCCGUUCCCGUUGCCUGUAGUUCCACCUCUGGCCUGUUUAGACGCUUCAGAGAGCUACUAUGAGGAGGCUCAGCCCUAUGAGGAAACAGUCAACGAUCUGGACUGUUUUGAUCUCCUCUCACGGCCCUGGAUGCGAGAGCUCAGCUCUGACAGUGUGGUCUAUGCCGUUAUCACCAGGGAUGACGGAGAGGCGGUCAGCAGUUCGUACGAGUCCUACGACGAGGAGGAGGUGACCAGAGGGAAGUCUCCGUCAGCUCAGCACCAGUGGCCGUCGGCGGAGGCGUCCAUCGAGCUGAUGAAGGACGCUCGCAUCUGCGCCUUCCUGUGGAGGAAGAAGUGGCUCGGCCAGUGGGCCAAACAGCUGUGUGUCAUCAAAGAGCAUCGCCUGCUGUGCUAUAAGAGCUCCAAGGAGCAGACGCCUCUGCUGGAUGUGAGUCUGCUGGGCUGCAGUGUCGUCUACAAAGAAAAGCAGCUCAAGAGGAAAGAGCACAAGCUGAAGAUUAUUCCAGUGGGAGGGGAGGCCAUCGUGCUGGGCCUGCAGAGCAAAGAACAGACUGAGCAGUGGUUGAAGGUCAUUCAAGAGAUCAGUCCCAGGCCAGCUGAAAACUGUGACCCCCAACACUCCGCGUCCGACUCCCCGAGGCUUAUUUGUACCAAGGGGGAGCUGAGCGAGAGGUACUCGGUGGCUUCAGAGAGCGGCAGCAGCACAGACAGCCAUGCUGAAACUCCAGAAAAUAAAGAUGUGAAGAAAAAAUACGGAGCAGGUUUGAAGUUCAGCAACCUCAUGAACAUUGGCAAGAAGAAACCCUCCUCACUAGAGAGCCCGGAAAAAUGUGUCGACUUGUCAGGCUACCUCAACGUGCUGGUGAACAGUCAGUGGCGGACCUGCUGGUGUCUUAUAAAGAACGGUCAGCUGUGGUUUUACCAAGACAAGGGCAAGAACAAAGUGAGCCAGCCAGCUGUGACCCUGGAGGGCUGCAGCGUUUCGCCCGACCCCAGCCCCGAGCACCUCUACUCCUUCAGGAUCGCCAUGGAUGGCACACAGCUGGCCACCUUGGAGGCGAAGACAUCAGCAGAUAUGGGUCACUGGCUGGGCCUCUUGCUGUCACAAACUGGGACCAAGACUGACCCAGAGGAGCUGACGUACGACUACGUCAACUCUGAGAGGAUCUCCAGCAUCGUGAACGCUGCAAAGACUUCCCUAUACUUGAUGCAGAGGAGGUACUCGGAGCCCAACACCUAUAUAGACACCAUACCUUCCAUUUCUCACAACUCUGAUGAACUGUACGACGAUGUGGCAUCUCUAGCUGAUCCAGAGGAUGCUGAAGAGAGCAGCCUGCCAAACUGUGAGGACAACAAUGUCCAGGAACACAAUGAAACAUGCUCGCAAGAUGCCAAGGACACAGCGGGAACAGAAGAGGACAAUGACAAUAGGAUUUACCUGGACCUUGUGCCUGUGCGCUCCUUCCUCCAUACGUCCUCUGGGGGUAAAGGCUCGCCAGGCAAAGAAACUUCCAGACUUUCUCCGGUCCCUGCAGAGGACCAGAAGGACUCCUCCUGUCCAAAUAAAGAGGUCAUUCCAACGAACCGUUCUGAGCCAACGCCUCCGUUAAAUGAGAUAAAUUCAGCAUCCAAACCAGCACAAGAGCCAGCCCAGACUCCAGCACAGCCACAAACUCAACCGGUCAAGACCUCAGCCCAAAGCCAGGAGACCCCUAAGAGGACCAGCCUGGGAGUCCCACAGGCCACCAACUCCCCCGGGGGGCACAUCCACAAGGGCUUAACGGUGCAAUCUUCUGCUGCUGCUGCUGCCCGGCCUCACAGCCCACAGCCCCUGCGGCCCAAAGCAUUUACUAUAGGGUCUCCAGUUGAGGUCAAACUGGGUAAGAACCGCACAGAGGCAGACCUGCGGCGCUACAUCGAUGAGCGCGACCGCCUGGAGAAAGAGAGGGAGGAGGUGAGGAGCAGCCUGGCGAACCUGAAGAAGGAGAGGAGGGAAGCAAAGGAGGAGCUCGGUUCCUGCCAAGAUCCCAAGCAGCAGGCCUCACUAGAGGCCCGUCUGAAGCAGAAGGAGGAGGCUUGUCGAGAGGCGGAGCGCCGCAGGGUGGAGGUGGAGCUGCGAUUGGUAGAAGUGAAAGAAAGCCUGAAGAAAGUGGAGUCGGGGCCUUUCACGCUGGGAACCACACUGGACAGCAGCCUCCAGGACACGUCCACGCCUAAACCAGCACCUGUGCCCACUCCCCAGCCAUCAUUACCUUCUUCAUCAUCAUUAUCAUCAUCAUCAUCAUCCUCCUCUUCCCAACCCGCAAACAGCAGCGCCGGUGGUGCAGAUCUGGCUUCUCCGGUCAACUCUGCCUCCGCUCUUAAAAACAGACCCGCCUCCAUCAUGGCCACGAAAGGCAAAGUUUUGCAGAAAGCCAAGGAAUGGGAGAAGAAGUCCACCACCUAGAAGGAUGCUUGUUUUGACCUCUAAAAUGGAUAAGUUUCUGCUGGUCUGUCAGCCACAUCACAUCCACAGACCAGACCUUUCAACCGACAUCCUCCCCUCCCUGGAUCCCUUCAUCGCCUCCUUGCCAAGACGACGAAAAGUCAAACCGAAAGAGGCACAAGCCGUCUUCUUGAAUACCACUGGAUCAUCCUGAGUUCAAUGACUUUUUUAAAAGUUAUUUUUUUUUCUACAUUUGAAAAGGGAGGAAUUUGAUGUUGUAGCAUUUUUUUGGCCAGUGUAAGAAAUGCACAAAUGGGAUGUUUCAACAUUACAGUCAAACCAUUUAAACCCACUGAAGACAGACCCCUCUGCUAAAUUGGCCACUCUGUACACUUUAGAUUGUAGCUUGGUUCAUAUAUGCUGGUAGCCAAGAUGUAAAUAUAUUUACACCAUUAUCCAGCCUUGUGGCUUGUAUUGCUAGCUAAAAAUGCACUUUUUAUUCAAAUAAAAAUGUACUGACAAAA